UAUACUGCAGUUUUACCGUGUCAACCUUCUGGAUGGAUUACGGCCGAUCCCUACGUAGUUGUGAGUCGAGUGAUCUGUAGAGUGAUGUAAAACCUAGUUUUGUGUAUAACUGUAUAACAUACAUUUUUAAAUGUAUUUUUCUCAAAUAUUUCUUUCUCAAAGUUUUCAUUUACAACAUCGUAAUCUGUUAACCUAAAAUUAAUACGAAGAAACUGCAUUAUUAUUAAUUAUCAUAUACAUUUUUCAUUAAUCAUACAUAAUAACGAAACCUUUUUUUGUAUCCUAUUUUGAACAUAAUAUUGAAGAUGUUUAAAAAUAUUGUUAUUGGAAUUUCGGGAGGCGUCGAUAGUGCCGUAUCUACGUUAUUAUUAACGAAAAAAGAUGAUAUUUUCUGUAGGUUUCAAUGUAACUGCUGUUUUUAUGAAAAAUUGGGAUAUUACUGAUGAAACUGGUUAUUGUACUGCUGAAAAAGAUUACGAAGAUGCAAAGUGGGUUUGUGAUAAGCUGAAAGUUCCACUGCUUAAUGUAAACUUUGUUAAAGAAUAUUGGAAUACUGUUUUCAGUGAACUAGUCAAGGAAUAUGAAUCCGGUUAUACACCAAAUCCAGACAUCCAAUGUAAUAAAUGCAUAAAAUUCGAUAUGUUUUAUAAUUUUGCGCGAAAUGAACUGAAAGCUGAUGCUAUUGCCACUGGACAUUAUGUAAGAACCAAUUUUGGACCAUAUUUGGAAAAUUUUCAGCCAAAUAUCAAUGUAAAACUUCUCAAAGCUUCUGAUUCUCGAAAGGACCAAACGUUUUUCUUAUCACAAGUGCCACAAAAAGCAUUAUGCUAUAGCAUGUUUCCUAUAGGUUCAUGUCUGAAGAAAGAUGUGAAAAAAAUUGCACAAGAAGCUGGAUUAAAUUUAAUAGUCCAGAAAAAAGAAAGCAUGGGUAUUUGUUUUAUUGGCAGCCGACGAUUUAAGGAUUUCAUUACCGAGUAUGUUCAAAAUAAAUCAGGAAACUUUGUGGAUAUUGAUACUGGUGUAAUUGUUGGAACACAUGAAGGCAUACAUCAAUGGACUCUAGGUCAAAGAUGUAAAAUUGGGGGAAAACCGCAACCAUAUUUUGUAUAUAAAAAAGAUUUAAAAUCGAACGAUAUAUUUGUGGUCGCAGGAACAAAUCAUCCGGCUUUAUUUGCGGAAUUUAUUAUCGCUUCUGAAAUUUAUUGGAUCGAUAAAGAACCUGUGGAAUUGCAGAACAGUCAUGGCAUUUUAAGAUGCUAUUUUCGUUUUCAACAUUUGAAACCAUUGGUACCUUGUAAUAUUUAUAAGACGCAGAAUAACCAAUUACUCAUUAAGCUUGAUGUACCUCUUAGAGCAAUUACUCCAGGACAGUACACUGUUUUAUAUUCAGGUGAAGAAUGCCUUGGUAGCGCAAAGGUUUUACAUUGUGGUCCUUCUUAUCAUUUGUUAAGUGAUCAAUUUGCGAAACAAACGAGCAAAGAAAUAUCUUUAGACUUAAAAGGAGCUGACAAUAUCUAAAACAUAAUGAACUCACAAAGUUUAGCAAACUACAUAGUGUUAACAGAUAUUGAUUUAUUAAUUUUAAUUAUAAUAGUAAGCAAUCGUGCAAAUAAAUUAUUAACUUGCUGGUAUAAUUUCA